GCUCACUGCACCCGAAGCACGAUUUAUUCUCGCGAGUAUCUCUUACUAAACGUCUCAACAAACAUUCCCCUUUUUUCCCCCCUGCGAUUCCUUCGUAUGACAUUCCCCGCGGAGCGUGCUCGCAAGAAAAUCGAGCGACAAUUCUACGAGGCUCUCGCACGUAUAGAAGUGCAGUGACCUUCUCGAUCGCUGCUCCAUCGCGCAGGGCGUGCCAUAUAUGCGUCCAAGAUCACCGACGAGAAUACCGAGCACCUUUCGAAGAACAUCGUCGAUACAGAACGAUCCGACGCCGCUGAGAUCGUCCGACGAGACGGUUCUGAGUGCCAGUUCUUAUUCCGGCCCUCUCAAAACUUCUGCUGACGAAAGAGUCGAGGGUGUUUCACAUUUUCGGACGUUUCAACCUACGAUCCAGCUCCAAACGUCCCGGAGCGUCGAAACCAGCCACGACAACGAUUACGAGACUUUCGCCUUUAAGGUUACCAACCCCGACGAAUCUUCCCUCGAUUCGCUAACCUCUUCGAAACACGUCGAACAUUUCGAUGGCAACAACAUCGAAGUCAAGCCCGGUGAAUAUUACAGAAUAACGCCGACACGGAGCGAUGAGAUUUCGGGGGAAGGGCAGGGGGCUCCGCAGGGACGAGGUCCCUCGUCGGAGCCCCGUCAGCCGUUCGGUACGACUCGGGACGAAGCAGGUCGUCACCCGGGUUCGAAUCCCGCGACGCGAAGAGGUCGGCAGGAAGGUCCGAGGAUUUAUAAGGAGGAUUCGUCCCCUCCGAUUUUGCAGACGGUCGCGCUAGGCACGAACCGUCAAGCGAACCCCGACAUCCAGGACAUCAUAACCGGGAUCGUUAAAUUGCUGAAUGGGAACGUGAACGUUGCAGCGAACACCGUCAGGCCCCACAAGCCCGUCCAGGCGACGAGAAUAAACAAUCGGGGCCCGCCAAGAAUCUCAGAUUUGCCGCCACUGCCGCCAGAUUUCGACACGCCGGGGAUGAACCCACCCCCUCCCCCGGCCCCGGACCGACCGUAUCCGUUCGAGAAGCCCCCCGCGCCGGACAGACCCUCGAUCAAUCAACUUCCACCGGAAAGACCCAUCCGACCUUUCAUCGGUGCUGGAUCCAUCAGCGAAGGGCUUGUGCCCCAGGGAAAUCGACCUUGGAACCGGCCCUACAGACCGGGUGGCACGAGACGUCCGAUACCAGCCUACAAGCCCAUGCCGCCGCAGGACAUAAAUUUCUACGAGAACGAAUCGAGCCCCUCGGAGAAACCGCCCCGGCCGAGUUCCCAGAAGCCGAGUUAUCCGAGCUCGUCGGAGAGCCACGAGAACGCGGAGAUUCCGAGUUACGCGAGCACUCCGGAGCGUCCGGAGGGCCCUGCGACGACGAAUUCGGAAGAGGAAGUUACCAGGAAGCCUCCGAAGUACAGACCCCCGAUGAAGGGGGAAAAAGUGGUGGCCGAGAACACCCUGAUACUCGGCUCCGAUCCGAAACCAAUUCCCAUACCGAAUCACAGCAGCGAAGACGACGAGAACGAGCCCCGGCCGUCCGCGGUCGCGCCGCGACCCUCACCGCCCCCGAGGCUCGACCAGGGCCCCGGGAACGCAACGAUCUCGAGCCCCAAGACCCAGGAAACGUCGGAGAAAAACGUGCCACUCAAGACUACUGAAAAAAAAUCUUCGCCCACUGCCAAAUCAACGGACACCGCAACUCCCCCGGAAUCUUCGACCUCCCGGACGAUGACGACCUUGAAAAUAGAGACCAGCUCUUCCGUCAAUGUCAUCGAACCUACAGGGACGAUUGCCAUCCAAGAAACGCGAACGAAGAAUCGACCCCCCCUCGAGGACAGUCCCAGCAAAACUUCUCCCUCGAGCGCCACCCCUGGCACCUCGCCCCUCGACCUUGAACCCAGCAGACCCUCGUUGGAAGACACCAAAAGCACGUUCACUUCCACCCAGUCUCUCGCUUCUUCCCUUCCCCCCAAAACUUCCUCUCACACGAUCAAAAGCACUCACACCCCACACUCGAAACCGAGCGAAACUCGCGUGGCCAAACCCCAGGCAACCGAGCGGUAUUCCUAUCGACCCAGACCCGGAAUCGUCCUCGAUGACACUCUCGAUUACACCGGAAAUCAAGGCCUCGUAACUCAGAGACCCUACGCACCCCCGCGGCAUCCACAAAUCGGGGAUAUCUUCGACGUCACGGUUUCGGCGAUCCAAGGACCUGGUGGCGGAGCCGGCGAGAGCGUCAGAGUUCCCGUAAACGUGCCUACCGACGUGAUCCUGACGAGCGCCGUCGAGGGUCAAGGCUUCGUCAGCAUCGAUGGCAAACGGACUUAUCUCAAUCUCUUUGACAACACGGAUCAAGCGAGCUCCCCGAGCAACGUCGCGCAGCCACAACCUACGAGAACUCAGGCUCCACCCAUCGUUGGAACUGGGUUCGCCGUGCCACAACCCGACGUGACUUCGGUCUCGCCACGUCCAAAUGGAGGACCGAGACGACCGACUUUCCAUCGUCGACCCACCCAGCCACCGGUGAGGAUAGACACUUGCAUCGUCGGCGAUACCAGCACCUGCGACGCCAGUCAACACGAGGCUUGCGCCACCGUCCAAGGAGUUUCUGCGUGUCACUGUAAACCUGGAUACGCGAGACUCCUCCAUACUCUACCGUGCAAAAAAGUCGUCAGCAUCGUCGUCUCCAUCAGAGUUGAUCGAAUUUACGACUGGAAAGUCCUCUGGGAUCAUACCCUCGCUGACAAGGACUCGGAAUCCUAUCAGACCGUCGCCUACGAGGCUAAUCGAGCGAUCGAAUCUGCCAUGUCGAUGACACCGUUUUCGGACGAGUACAUGGGCUCUUUGAUAAACAGCAUUUACCAGGGCGACGUGAGCCAAGGACAGGGUGGAGUUUUCGUCAAUGCAACUUUGAAAUUGACUUAUGAGCCGAGAACCGCGAGGCCCUCGCUGGCCGGCGAACUUCAACGACAUUUACUCGGCGUUAUUCAUAGGAGAAAUAAUAACAUUGGCAACAGUGCAGUUUACGUCGAUAGUCCUCCAGGCUCGAUCUCCAAUUUGCAGGACUUGGACGAAUGCGCCUCGACCGAAUUGAACGACUGCCAUUCCUCAGCAAAGUGCAUAAACACCUGGGGCGCUUUCAACUGCGUUUGCAGUCCGGGUUUCAAGGACCCUCACAAGGACGAGCCGAACGAGGCUGGCCGGAGCUGUUUAUCGUGCCCGUCGAGCCACUGCAACAAUCGAGGAACGUGCUCCUAUCAGGCCAAUCAAAUGCAAUGCUCGUGCACAGGAAAUUAUUACGGUGCACAGUGCGAAGUCGACGGCGAAGUUUUGGGCGUCGCUAUCGGAGCUUCUGUCGCUGCGCUCAUCAUCAUUGUUUUGACCCUCGUCUGUCUCGUUAUGUGGAGUCGCAGAUGGUCACGUGAGCAGAAGGCCGUCGGCUCACCCGUUUACGGGUACAUGCAGGGCGGAAUACCUGGAACUUUGCCGGGCACUUUGGCACGGGUCGGCUCGGUAGGAACUUUGGCUUCCGUCAAGCAAGGGCCACCGACGAAUUUGCCACCUUACAUGUGGGCUCACAUCAACGAUCACAUGGCCACUGCGAACGUUUACGCGACUGAACCAAUGGGGCCGACGAGACCGAGUUCUGCGAUGUUCGGAUAUCCAACGAUGAGCAUGCACGGCACUUUGAGGCCGGUGCCUCUGCCCCGGCUCCAGGCGCCCCCGAGGCCUCGACAAAGGCACAAUCAGCCGGAACCGGAUAGCUCGGAUUCCGAGCCACAGGACAAAGAUCGCGCUGAUUUGAUCCCCCAGAACAGCGGAUUUCACGUACCUCGACCUAAAUCCCGAUCUUCGUUAGCGAAUCAAAGCGGCAUUUAUUACGAUGUCGAGUACGAUCAGGGCGACGCGCAACAUUUAUCGAAGAACAAUAUUCCGAUGUCGACUUACAGCAUGGCCAGACCGUACUACAGGACGUGAGAGGAAACAUCGAAGUACAAAAAUGGAGAUAAAGUCCCAAGUGCAAAGCAGCGAACGGAACGAAACAGUGAAAAGUGUAACUGGUUGGACGAAAUUAACGUCAAGUACGACUGCGACCGCACCGAUCAGAUACACACACUUAGCUCAAUAUUUUAUCGAAGAAAGAAAGACUAAAAAGCGCAGCCUUAUUGUUAUGUAUAAAUAUUUCCAUUAUUUUUAGUAGUUAAUAUUAUUCUUAAAUUUUAUACGUUCAAACUGCAUCGGGAUGUAACGUGAAUUUUGAAGAGAAAACAAUACCAACGUACUGGAAUAGCGAAUGUGGUGGCAGGAGAGAAGAAAAAAACUGUCAAGGAGUCAAUUUCGUCUUUGGUAUUAUUUUUUAUUCGAAAUUCACGAUCAUGUGAGAAUCUACGUGGGAAUCGAGAGAGCGAGGAACAAUAAAAAGAAACGAUUCUCGAUCAUGAAGUUUUCUUUUAAUAUAUUUUUUAUUUCAUAACGACGAAACGCAAAAUUGCUUUCGAUUCAAAGUCCACAAUUCUUUUUUUUUCCUCAUUUUUCUUCGUUUUUCCCUCCUUUGUAAUUAGAUAUUUCAUAUAUAUAUUUAUAUAUUGUUUUUUCUUGUUUAUUUGUUUGCGAGUUAAAUACAAUAAACAUUUGAAGAGUCAACGCGGUCGGGUAUAAUCGUCCAUAUUUUCUGUUUUCUUUCAUCUUUUUUUUCUUUCUUGUUCCUUUUAUUCUUCUUUAUACUUCUUGAUUUUAGUUGAAUUUUUUUUGGCCUCGGGACGACGAACCAUAGCCCGAAUGAGCAAAGCGAGAUACGAGAGUAAAAAAUCACAUCGACGCGUAUUCACGAUGUUGUGCAGCUUUUUUGUUCAAUCGUUAUUUUCUCUUACGUUUGUACA